AUGGAUGUUCAUGGGGUAUUUAACAUGUCACAAGCUCAAGGGGCGCACAUACAAGAAAACUUUCUGCCUCGAACACUUAGCUCUGUUCAAAUGAAAGAGGCAUCUUCUGAGAAGAAACGGCGUCGCAUGAGAGAACAAUAUGAUCAAAUGACGCCGGAAGAAAAAGAAGUUGUCUUUCAGAGGAAACGUGUGCAUAAGAUGGGAAAACGCCAUGCAUCAUCUGAACAGUCCUACAUUGCUGAGCCAACAGGUGGAUCUGCAGUCCCCUCCCCAAUUACACAUGCCAUUGAUCUUACAUGUUGCCACGGCAAUGGUGAAGAAUCCUAUGAUGCUGGAAUAUUAGAGCCUAUGGAGCCCCCUGCCGAAGUGGACGAAUGCUUGCACGACAGACAGGAUGGGCAACCAGUGUAUGAUGAUGAUGAUGAUGAAUGCAGGAUAUUUACUGGACAAGGUCAUGAGUUUGAAUCAUACAGAGUGACACCUAAUGUUUCACAACAGGCUUUUGCGGCUGAUGAUCCUUAUGACUAUGUCUACAAGAAUCUACCAAUUACCAACUAA